UUCAAAUUCGUAGUCUUCAUUCGUUUCUCUUCGGAUCUCAUAAAAAACACAAAACGUACAGAGUCUCUAAAAUUUCUUCCCCUUCUUCUCACUCUCGUUUUCUUCAUUCACAACCAACCACACAUUAGGGUUUCCAACAUUCCCAUCACUUUCUUUUUCUUUUUUAUUAUUUUUUUAUUUUUAUUGUUUCGGUCUUUGAAUUGAAGUGAUUUUUGGCGAUUCCGAUGUCGGCUUCCACGGUGUCCAUCACGGCGGCGAACCCGGGGGCGCGUCGGAGACCCGUGAUCGCCACCGAGAAGAAGACCACCACCAACAUCGAACUCCUCGCCAACGACGUCGCCGUUUCUCCAACCACUUCUGGCGCCGGCGACGGCAAGGUCCCCUCGUCCGUCAACGGCCGAGACUUGAGCCACCACUCGAUCCACGGAGAAGCAGUUUCUAGGGAUCUGGUGCCGGCGAAGAAGACUGCCGGCGGGAAUUCGGCCGCAUUGCCGCUGCGGCGAACACGGAAGACUCUCGCGAAGGCCGAUAAGCCACGGUGGCUCACGGUUCUGAGCAUAUUCGCGAAGAAUUUCGUGCUCCUGGUAGUACUGGUGGGUUUGAUUCAGUUGGUUCGGCGGUUGGCGUUGAAAUCCGGCGAUGGCGCGGUUGGGAGUUAUGUCGGGUAUUCGGAAUUCGAGGGGCGGAUUGCUGAUGUGGAGGGGUUGCUGAAGAAGACGGCGAAGAUGAUUCAGGUGCAAGUUGAUGUGGUGGAUAAGAAGAUUGAGGGUGAGAUUGGGGGUUUGAGGAAGGAAAUGAAUGAGAGAAUUGAUGAGAAAGGUGCAUUUUUGGAGAGUGAGUUGAAGAAAUUGGAGUCAAAGAGUGAGGGAUUGGAGAGGUAUUUGGGUGAGUUGAAGACAGAGGAUUGGUUAUCAAAGGAAGAGUUUGACAAGUUUGUUGAGGAUUUGAGGAAGGCAAAGAAGGGAAGUGGUUAUGAGGGUGGGGGUUUGGAUGAGAUAAGGGAAUUUGCGAGGGAGGUGAUUGAGAAGGAGAUUGAGAAACAUGCUGCUGAUGGGCUUGGGAUGGUGGACUAUGCUCUUGCAAGUGGUGGAGCCGCGGUUGUGAGGCAUUCACAGGCGUAUGAUGCUGGUAGGGGGAACUGGUUCUUGUUGUCUGCCAAAAAUGGUGUCCACCACAAUGCGGAUAAGAUGUUGAAACCAAGCUUUGGUGAGCCGGGGCAGUGUUUCCCCUUGAAGGAUAGUAGAGGGUUUGUUCAGAUUAGGUUGCGCACUGCCAUCAUUCCUGAGGCUGUCACCUUGGAACAUGUAGCAAAGAGUGUUGCAUAUGAUAGAUCAAGCGCUCCCAAAGACUGCAGGGUCUCUGGUUGGCUGCAGGGCCGUAAUACUGAAUCUGUGAUUGAUACUGAAAGGAUGUUUCUUCUAGCAGAAUUUACAUAUGACCUUGAGAAAAGCAAUGCUCAAACUUUCAAUGUGUUGAAUUCAGCAGGUUCUGGUGUUGUUGACACAGUAAGGCUAGAUUUUACGUCAAACCAUGGAAACCCUUCACACACUUGUAUAUAUCGCUUGAGAGUUCAUGGUCACGAGCCUGACUCUGUUUCUAUGAUGGCAAUGGAGUCAUAAAUCAUCUUUUGUUUGCUUGGAAUUUUAUCAAGGUCCGUGUAAUUGUUCAGUAUUGUUUGUUUAGAUGUAGGAUAGGAAGACAUGGACUCCAUUGUUACCAGUUGCAGUCACUAAUGGUCCUUGUUAGAGUAUUUAACUUCUUAUUGCUGCUUCAAAUGGAUUUUGUAUGUAGUGUAUGAUUUCUCAAUUAGGCAGAUGGUAGAUUUUGGGUAUGCUCA